CGAACGCGAUCAUACAUCGCAGCUAACUUACUAUAUUCGAUUAAUCCUCACUACAUACAGCACCGCCAAAUAACACAGAAACGAAAAUGGCCGACACAGCACCCCCUCCCACCCAACUAUCACCACCAUCCAACAACGAUGGCGCCGGCGCAACAGCACGACCACCAAGCGCAGGAGCAGCGCCAGAAUCUCCAGAGAAACAAGCACAAUCACAACAACAGACGCAAGGCUCAGCACAACCAACACAGCAACAACCCCAAAAUGCAAACCCUCCUCCCCCGACGACAGCAACAACAACAACAACAGACCAAUCCCGCGGCCUCCCCUACUACGAAAAACUCCGACGCGACCUACGCGAUACUCUCCAGAAGAAGCGCCUAAUGGAUAAGAGCAUGGCCCAACUAGAAGACCAAAUCUACCGCUUCGAGCAAUCCUACCUCGAAGAAACGACCGCCGGAAACAUAAUCAAGGGUUUCGAUAACUACAUCAAGGGUUCUUCAUCCGGAUCAACACUUACAACUGGUAUCGGGCUAUCGGGUGCUGGGAUGGGCGCUGCAGGGGGUGGAGCGAGACGAAAGGCGCAGGUUAUCGAGGCGGAUCGGGUGUUUUCGAGGAGUUCGGCGGGAUUUAUGAGGGAAUCUCCGACACCUUCGUCUGCGCAGACGACGCCGGCGCCUACGCCGUUGUCGAAUGGGGGCGAUGCUACGAAUGGGAAUUCGAAGGCUGGGUCGAAGAAUAAGAAGAAGUCUGGGAAUAGGAAUGUGGACGAGGACGUUGAGGAUGGUGACAAACCGUCCGUGAAGCGGUUGAAGAUUAGUUAUGGGAGGGAUUAAUUUAUCGGUUAUGAUUAAGGGUUGGUCGUUGGAAGGAGUUAGGCGCUCAAGUCAUGCAUUGCAUUCUGUACAUUAUGCCUGUUUAUGCAAUUUAUGGAUUCUCAAGUCAUCAGCCACCACCGUCAGCUACUGUGAACCAAUCUGCAACCGAUAAGUCGCAACCUCAAAGGCCCUGAGCUCGAUACCAAUUUCAGCCUUCGAAAGCAGCGUCUG